AUGUCAACCUCCGCCGAGCUCUACAACGUUGGUGUUCUUGUCUUCGACGGUGUCGAUAUCCUCGACUUUGCCGGCCCGAUAGAGAUCUUCUCCCAUGUCUCACACAACAAAAACCCGGAUGAUCCAGAUCGCAUAUACAAAUGCCAAACAAUUGGUCGCAGCCAUACAAUCCGGGCCGCCGAUAGUCUGACCGUCGCUGUCGACCUCUUAAUAAAUGAAGCCCUGCUCGACUUACAGCAAUUCGACAUCAUCGUCGUGCCCGGGGCACCUCCCUCGAUUAUAACACCGCUAUUGGAACCGGAAAGCCUUGAAUUGCAGCUCGUUGCCGCUUUCGCACAGCUUCAGCCUAGAAGAUGUGUGGAAAAGCCUCGCGUCUUGUUCUCCGUCUGCGUUGGUGCCUUUUUCCUCGGAGCUGCGGGAGCUUUGGAUGGGCUGAGCGCUACGACGCACCAUAGAGCUUUGGAGAGGCUGGGACAAAUAUGCCGAACUGUAGGAAAGGAGCCGGCUUCUAUUGUCCAAAAGAGGUUUGUAGACGGGGGUCUCAGCAAGAAUAAAGCUGUCUCGGUUGUUACCGCAGGCGGUAUUAGUAGUGGAUUGGACGCGGCACUACAUAUCGUAGGCACACAAACAUCGAAGGACAUGGAACAAUUUAUCAGAAGGGUUAUGGAAUACUUUUGA